GAACGGUUAAAGAUAAUGAUGAGAAUUCAACUACGAAAUAUUCAGUGUUAGAAACAUCAUCUUCAACGUCCUCAGGGACGAAACGUCCAACAAAGAUUAAUUCUCCAUUAUGGAAUACAUUACAAGAUGGAUGGUUAUUUAAUCGUAAAGUGGAUAAUAGUGACAUACAAUUCGCAUCAUUUCGCGACCAUUAUGGUGCAUUAAUUCUUGCCUUAGCUGUUUAUCUUGUUUUAAGUCAUUUAUAUCAAUUUUUUUUGGUACCAAAGUCCCCAGCAAAAUUCCAGAGUCAACCUCUCAUAAGGACAUACUUUUUCUUGGGGUUCUCGAUAGUAUUUGAAGGUUCAAUCGCAAAUCCCAUAAUAACUUGGAUAUUUAAUUUGGGAGUUUUGUUUUUAAAUGAAACUUAUGGUAAUUACGGGUUUGAAAAUCUUAAUAAAGACCUGGCAUUUUUGGAUAGCAAUCGUGGACUAAUAACUAGAUGGGAUGUCACUUUCAACAUAUGUAUGUUGCGACUUGUGUCCUUUAAUAUGGAUUAUUAUUGGUCAUUUCACCCCUCUAACAAUUCCCCUGAGAGAAAUGAUAGGGACCUUGCUCCUCUCACCGAAAAGGAUCGGAUCAUUGGUCCAUGUUUCCGUGAAGACUAUAACUUUAUUUAUUAUUUAAGUUAUGCUUUAUAUGCACCAUUGUAUCUAGCUGGCCCGAUCAUUACUUACAAUAACUUUAUAGCUCAAUUGAGAUAUCCAUGUGAAAUAAAUCUCAAGGAAACAUUAAUAUACGGAGCUAGGCUUUUUGUUGCAAUAAUGAUAAUGGAAUUUAUGCUUCAUUAUACAUACGUUGUUGCUAUUGUCAAAUCAAAAGCAUGGGAAGGUGAUUCACCACUUGAACUGGCUAUGAUUGGUGUUCUCAAUUUAGAAUUGGUUUGGUUAAAGUGGGUUGAUUGGCCACAUUAUCGACACUUAUGUGCUGUCGGCGCUAUAUUAAACCUUUUGAUGAUGUGGGCUGCAAAUCUAGUCGGAUUUGUUGUUGGCUUAGAUGGGAUGAAAGUUUUAUUUACAAAUAUUUUCAUGACUCCUAUAGGACUAAUGGAACUUGGAAUUGCCUGUAUUGUACUCUUUGGUGGUGCACAGAUACUUUUUGAAAUUAGAGAGGAAGAAAAAAGAAGAGGCAUUAAUUCUGAAAUUAGAUACUAA